AGCUAUUUAUUAUAUAUAGUAUCGCUGACAUAAAUUGUCUCAAACACUCAACAUGUAUAAUAAUGCACUAGAAUAAAUUUAUCAGAGCAAAUGUCUAAUUUAGAUUGCAAUAGAUGUCAUAUAACACUCAAUAAAAUAUGUUCAAGAGCAAAGAAAAGAUCAAGGCAAUGAAGAAAGACAACAUGCGAAAGUCAGACAAGCGAGAUCGAAUUAUGUUAAUUUUUCGAUCAGUCGAGAAUACGCAGUGUGAAUGAGAUGUCGUUGCGUUUGCACGUAUAUAAAGCAGCAUAUAAUUUCGUAAAAACAAGCUGUCGUAAAUCAUAUUCGGUUUUGUACAAAAAACAUGUGAUUUAUCCCUCAAGUUUAACUGUUAAGUUCACGUUAAACAUUCAAAAAUAUUAAAAAAUUAAAGAAAGAAAACAAUAUAAAGAAAUUAUUUUUUUUCGUGUGCAACUUUCGGAAAGUUUGUGAAAUAACAAUGUCCUUCGAACAUCUCCACGGUACCCUCUCGUCGAAUCUCUAUUAUUCUGACGCAUAGUUAUAUUCCUCGCGCAGAACAUGCUUCAUUCCCCCACGUCGCCUAAACGAACGUAAAGCGAACGCAGUCGCUUCGAUGAGAAACGUAGAAACGGGUUUGACGAAGCCUAAAAGAAGACAAUCGUCAACAAGACUCUUGAGAUCAUCCUUCCCACUUAAGUGUUGCUCGUGCACAAGAAUCUCAUCUUUUAAGGUGACCGUGUAAUUUUGCAGAAGAAUGGAGGCACGCGUUCGACCGUCAACAUCGUACCUCUAAUGAAUCGAAAACAUUCAAGGGAACGAGCGGCCGGAAACGAUGAAGCUGUCGACGAUCAUCAACAAUAGCAGCGACAACAGUUCGUCAGUGAACGUUAUCGGCCUCUCUACCAUUUUCCCUAAUCCCUGCGACAACCUCACCGACUUCAUCAGCAACAAUGGUCUCGUUGGACAAUCGGCCGAAUACCUAUCGUUCGAGAAUGUUACGUGUCUGGAACACGCGCCUAGACUGACCAGAGCGGUAUAUCUCCAAGUCAUCGUGUUAGCGAUUAUGUCAGUUCUAAGCCUGAUCUGUAAUGCGGCGACAAUAUACUCAAUCACGAAGAAUCGUCGAAAGCAGCGAGGUUGCUCGGCAAUCUACACGCUCAUCCUUCAUCUGUCAGUGGCCGACCUUUUGGUCACCAUCUUUUGCCUGGCCGGCGAUGCAAUCUGGAGUUACAACGUCGCAUGGUUAUGGGGCAACGCUGCAUGCAAGCUCUUCAAGUUCCUACAGAUGUUCAGCCUAUACUUGAGCACCUUCGUGCUCGUGUUGAUCGGUGUCGAUCGAUUUGUCGCGGUACGAUAUCCGAUGAAGGGUCUCAAUACGUCUCAGAAGUGCUCGCGAUUCGUUCUAUUCGCUUGGGCACUAUCCUUUGUCCUCGCCACUCCACAGGUCGCGAUAUUUCAUGUUGCACAAGGACCAUUUAUCGAGGAAUUUCCACAAUGCGUAACCCAUGGCUUUUACACCGAGCCCUGGCAGGAACAACUUUAUGCUAGUUUCAGCCUGUUCUUCAUGUUCCUGUUGCCAUUGGUGAUUUUAAUUACCACAUAUGUAUCUACAGUGAUUACCAUCUCCCGAAGUCAGAAAAUGUUCAAAGCAGAGCCUACAACAGGGACGUAUAUUAGAAAUAGCGAUCUAAAUAGGAGAAGACUGAUGCACCGGGCGAAAACAAAGUCAUUACGUAUUAGCGUCGUCAUUGUAGCGGCAUUUCUAAUCUGGUGGACGCCGUACUAUACGAUGAUGAUAAUCUUUCUGUUUCUCGAUCCCGAUGAACACCUCAGCGAGGAGUUACAGAGCGGAAUAUUUUUCUUUGGCAUGAGCAACAGCUUGGUAAAUCCUUUGAUAUAUGGUGCAUUUCAUCUUUGGCCGCAGAAACAACGGCAGGGCUCUUAUCAAAGAUCCGACUUUACGAUGCAUCAACGGAAUUCCGAAACUCCACGCGAAACAAAAACAAGUCUUCUCUAUUAUCAAGACAAUGGCAAUAAAGUGCAGCAACAUCAAAUGUAAUAUUUUAUCAGUAUAGGAUUAGCAUUUUACAUAAAAACAGCAUAAGUUAUCUGAAAUCAUAUCAAGAGAUGAUAGCAGUACAUUAUAGAAAAAGUAUGUUAAAUUACAUUCAUUAUUUAUAUAAUUCUGUAAUAUUUUUUACAAUGUAAACUAUACAAAGCAAAAAAUGGAAAAAGCAUUAUUCUCAUACUCUUCAUAUCAAGUAUCAUUUAGUUAAGGGAUUUUACAAAUAAGAAUUAUUAUAUAGACUUUUAUAUAGAGAUUUAUAUAGACAAAAGAAUCUUAAAUAUAUAUGGAACAAAUAAAUUUAUUUUAUUUCAAUAGAACAAACAUAUUACAAGAUGAAUUUAGGUAUAUUAAAAUAAAAUCUGAAA